AUGACACCGGAGCUGGGUAGCGCUGGGCCGGGCCCGGCCGUGUGCGUCCCUCUCCUGGCCACCUCCCCCUGCGCGGCCCAGGGCCCCAGCAGUGCUGGGGGUGGGGUGGGGGUGCCCAGGAAGCACUGGAGAGCUGGUCCCCAGGGCGGCCGUGUGCCCUGCGUGUUGGGGAGCGGGGGUUGGAGGUGGGAGGACAGCUUCGGGGAGGCGAAGGGCGGGGAGGUGGUGGCGAGUGGGGAGGGGUUGUUUAUGUGUGGGAUAGUGGACCAGGAGACACGUAGGUGGGAGUGUGGCCGUGCGCCCGGACUGCCACGGGCGGUGCGGGCUGGCCGCGGGCUCACGUCCGGGUCUCCGUGGCCUGGAGCUGGCCGAAAGCUUGUAGGGUUAUAUCUGCUGCCGUGCGCGGGUGCCCGCGCUGGGCAGUGUCAGCCCCAGGCCCCAGGGGAGAGAGGCGUGCUCGCUCCAACCCAGAUCGCGGAGCCCAGAGCCCAGUUUCGGUCCGAGGCUGUUCCCGGGGCAGGUUCGAUGUGCAUUGCCUGGGGGAAGGCGGAGGAGACGCACUGCCUGCCUGCGGCUGUUCUCAGAGGAGCCGGCGACUGCAAAGCGGAUGAUGAUGGGUGA